CCGGAAGUGUUUGUAAACCGGACGUUCUACAUCCUCAAUGUGACUUACAGUGGUGAACACUGUGAUUUGUACACUGUGUGUCUGUAGCAGGUUAGAGUCUGUACAAUGUUUCUUACCACAGCGAAUUUGGCCAAGGCGAAAUCAAAGGCCGUCCUGGUGCAGAUGAUGAGCUCUGCGGGCACAGGCUACUUCUUCAACACCAAGAGGAACCGUCUCCGAGACAAGAUGGUGCUGCGCAAACACGAUCCUAUCGUGAACACGCAUGUCCUAUUCUUUGAGAAGAGGAAGAUCAGAUCAGUUUAACAGUGAAGA